CCAUAGAUAAGUAUAAGUACUGACGUAGCCGCCACAAUAACAAUAUAUAAAGUAUUUUGAGUAAAAUGUGUAAAAUUAAUUGUUUAUCUUGAUAAAAUGUUCGGCGUAGUGGUCGUGUUGUCCUGUGUACUCGCGCUCGCUGCCACCGGCUCCAUCGACUACUGCGGCGCCGCAAUGUGCGGAGGCAAGAAUACACAUACUUACUGCCAGUAUCCAGAAGGCCCUGGUCCUAAGUGCAUUGAAUAUGAAAAUGCCAAACUUAGAAACAGAGAGAAGGUGAGAAUACUGAAACGGUUGAACAGCGCCAGGAAUAAAGCUGCAGCCGGCGCGCUGAACUUUCCCCCAGCAGCGAAUAUGAUGAAACUGCAUUGGGUUGAGGAGUUGGCUCGUGAAGCCCAGCGCUGGGCAGACCAGUGUGUUCCACCGCGCCGCGUCGAACUACACGACACUUGUCGUGAUCUAUAUUCAUUGACAGUUGGCCAGUGUGUGGCGUCGGUAAUAGGCAGGACGCCUGAGCGAGUCGACUAUAUGGUCGAUAUUUGGAACAAACAAACCAAGUAUUAUAAUCACAGUAUCACCAAAUACGAGCCUCCAAUGAACGAUAGCAAAUACUACUACGGUGAUUUUGCGCAGCUUUAUUGGGCGAAGAGUUAUAUGGUGGGUUGUGCUCGAAGUAGAUUUAAAACGCCUUUGAAAGGUACUCUCAAGACUGUGGAGCGACUAGUGUGCAACGUGGCCCCGGCCGGGCCGAAGCGGCACCGCCGACUAUGGCACCCUUAUGCACCAGCUGAACUCUGUCCGUAUCGAGCAGCAAGAGCUAAUUCUUGGGGCAACCUUUGCGAUUACCCUAAUACGGCUACUGAUCUGCAACAGGCGUUGGCAUAUAAUGAACGUGUAUUAUCAAAAUACAAAGGGAAGAAAAAGAACAAUAAAAAGGUUCUAUUCCGCAUACCUGGAUCAAAAUCAAGAGCAAAAAGAGCCAAAGAAAAUGAUGAUGAGCAAUUGUCAGAUGACGGUGGCGAUAAACCGGAGAAUAAUAAUAUAGCUGGUCAAGUCCGGCCCAGUAUUGUGAUGGUUUUAGCUUUGUUUAUAAUUGUUUAGGAAUAAUUUACAUUUUAUCGAUGUAUUUUUUGCUAUAGGUAUACAGUUUUAUUGUUUAGUUAUUUUUAUUUAUUGUUAUUUUUAUUUAUUAUUGUUAUUAAACGUAGAUGAAUAAAUAAUGCGUCUCGCUGCGUCCGACUAGAUGCCACGGUCGUGCGACGCCGUUGUACUUAUUAAAUUGGGCAAUAAAUACUACGCCAAAUUCGGUAUACUUACCCGUGUAUGGUAAGCGUCAACAGGCCCGCAUCGUACGCAUCACACGCAACGGAUUUUAGUUUGUCUUGUAUAGAAACUCAUACAACUGCAUCCACUAAUCCGCAUCGUAAGGACCGCACAAUCAGCAAUGCCUACAUGCGAUGCGUACUGAUGACGUCAUACGGAAUGUGUACGACGUGUGCAAUGCGUACGAUGCGGGCCUGUGAACGCUUAACUUUAGCAACGUAUUAGUCAUACUGACAGUUGUGUCAUGACAAUAAUGAAUUGCCGCCGGCUCUUUUGUUGGCUGAUGGUGGAUUAAUUUUAUAAAAAGAAAA